AUGUCAGACCAUGUGGAGACCCAUGGCUUUCCUAUUAAAGACCAUGGGGGGAGCCCAUGGUACUUGGAUGUAAGACCAUGUGGGGAACCCAUGGCUUUCCUAUUAAAGACCAUGGGGGUACCCAGGACACUUGGAUGGAUGAAAGUGGGUCCAAACCCGGACCCGAUGGACCCAGACCCGGAAAACCCGGAACCGUUUAACGAUAUUUUUAAGAACCGGAAACCGGGCCGGUAUAUAGGAACCGGGUCCGGUUCGGUUCCGGGUUUGGUUCCGGGUAAAGUGGGUCUAGAACCGAAAAACCCGGAAAUAGGAAAGUGGGUUUUGAGUUGUUUUUUCUUUUCAAGAACAUUCAUGGAAGCUAACCUCCCAAUUCAAGAGAGGUCCACAUGUUGGCAACAUUUUGAUAUGUUGUGGGUAGUAGAAAAUGAUGGGGUUGAACGAAGGCAAGCAAGGUGUAAGUAUUGUUUCGCUACACUUAAAGCCGAUCCAUCAAGACACGGUACAAGUAGUCUUAAUAAACAUUGUCGUACGUGUGCCAAAAAUCCGAAUAAUAUAGCUAGAGAUUGAAGAUGCGUUAACUCGACAAGAUGGUCAAGGAAUAAGUGUUGUUUUGUUCUUAAUUGUUUAAGAAUUUUGAUUUGAAUUGUUUUGAAUAUUAGACUUUGAUUUUGAAUUGUUCAAUAGGUACCAUGAACUUGGACCCAACCAUUGUCCCCUUC